AUGAAAUAACAAAAUGAUGACUCUUCUGAAUAUUACAAUUCAUCAGCCAAAAAUAUUUGUAUUGGGUAAUCCUACCAUAGUAUUUAGUUAAUUAAUGGAAACAAAGGUCCUAGCUAUAAAAAACUACCAUACUACUAGACUCACUAUUCAUGGUACAUUCCCAUCUAUCAAAUAAAAUAUUAAGAUCUACGAAGGCUCUUUAUUCAAAUCACCCAUACCUCUAAAGUACACUGCAAAAAUUGGAAAUAAAUAUUACACAAUCGAUUGUACCAAAGAGAGUUUAGAGAAAUUUUAAGAGGAAAUUAUCUAACAUUUUUAUGAACUAAAUGAGCCUCUUAAUUCAAUUGAAUUAAUUCUUUCUCCUUUUAGAUGA